AUGGUCCGCAUCUCUGUUCUCAACGACUGCCUGAAGAGCAUUGUCAACGCUGAGCGCCGUGGCAAGCGCCAGGUUCUGAUCCGCCCCAGCUCCAAGGUCAUCAUCAAGUUCCUCUCCGUUAUGCAGAAGCAUGGUUACAUCGGCGAGUUUGAGAUUGUUGAUGAUCACCGCUCUGGCAAGAUCGUCGUCCAGCUCGUUGGCCGUAUCAACAAGUGCGGUGUCAUCUCCCCCCGCUUCAACAUCAAGCUGGCUGAUCUCGAGAAGUGGGUCUCGUACCUCCUCCCCUCGCGCCAGUUCGGCUUCAUUGUCCUGACCACCUCCGCUGGCAUCAUGGACCACGAGGAGGCCCGUCGCAAGCACACCGGUGGCAAGAUCCUCGGAUUCUUCUACUAA